UUCUUCCCUCUCUCCCUCUUCCUUAAACCCUAAUCUAAAUGACAACCACCGCCGCAUCCCCGCCGCACCCAGAUGAGCAACUCGCUCCACCUUCACAAACCUCAAGAGUGAGCCCCAAGACGGUAAACGGCGCCGUCUCCGCUCUACUGAAAUGGAGAAGCGAGAAAUCAAAAACAGAGAAGCCACAGCUCCUCGAGCAAGACGAGUUCAUCUACCUAAUCGUAACCCUAAAGAAGAUCCCCCAAACGAACCGCACGAAGCCUCACCGCAUCCCCCUCCCUCACCCUCUCAUCAACACCGACGAAGACUCCUCCUCCCCCGAGCUCUGCCUCAUCAUCGACGACAGACCUAAAAGCGGUUUAACGAAAGAAGACGCGAAGAAGAAGAUCGAAUCCGAUAACGUCCCGAUCACGAAGAUCCUCAAGCUCUCGAAGCUCAGGACCGAUUACAAGGCCUUCGAGUCGAAGCGCAAGCUCUGCGACUCGUACGACAUGUUCUUCGCGGACCGGAGGGUGAUCCCCCUCCUCCCGAGGCUGAUCGGGAAGAAGUUUUUCACUUCCAAGAAGUUACCAGCAGCUGUUGAUUUGAAGCAUAGGAACUGGAAGGAGCAGGUGGAGAGGGCUUGCGGAUCUGCGAUGUUCUUUGUGAGGACCGGGACUUGUAGCGUUGUGAAGGUUGGGAAGUUGUCUAUGGAAGGGGGUGAGAUUGUUGAGAAUGUGAUGGAGACGUUGAGUGGGGUUGUUGAGGUGUUGCCGGGUCAGUGGAAGUAUGUUAGGUCUUUGCAUUUGAAGCUGUCUGAGAGCGUGGCGUUGCCUGUGUAUCAGAGUGUUCCUGAUUUGAAGCUGAAGAUUGAUGCUUUUGGUGCUGGGAAUGGGAAGAGUCUUGUUGUUAAGGAAGAGGAUGAGAGUGGUGAGAAGAGUGAUGUGGUGAAGGGGAAGAAGAAGAAGAAGGGGAGGAUUCAUGAGGUUAGGUAUAUGGAUAGUAAUGUGUCUGAGGUGCUUGAUGAUGAUGAGAUUGGUGAUGUUGAAGUGAGUAAUGAGGUUGUUGAGUCUGCUAGUGAUAAGAAGAAAAAGAAGAGAAAGAAGGUAAGUGAGGUUGCAGAGGCUGAGAAACCGAAGAAGAAAGUGGCCAAGGGGAAGCUUAAAGAGAAGAGUAUGGAUGAUAAGGAGGUGAGUGAGGUUGUAGAGGCUGAGAAACCGAAGAAGAUAGUGUCUGGAGGUGGUUUGACACCUAAGAGGAAGAAAACUGUCGUUAGAAAGUGAGGCAAUGGAAGAUCAGAGGAUUAGAUCUUCAUGGUUUUUGCUUUUUUUUUUAUUGAAUCGUAGUGCUGAUUACAUUUUGUUGUCUUUCAUUUCUUGUACUGAUGCAUGUGGAGGAAACAUACGUCUGUUAUCAGUUUUGAACCUUUCUUAUUUAACUUUCAUUAUAAACAAGUGUUUAUCUACUA